AACAGGCACAACGUGGGCUCCAGCAACAAACGGCGACGAGACAACGGGAAGCACGACGGUGGGCAGGUCAUGCGCAACCAGAGGGGCAACCGCCGUCCGGGUAUUUAUAGAGGUGGUGGUGGCCUGCCACCUGCUCCGCCUCCCAUCCCACGCUCUUGUGCAGUCAUCGUCACUUCACCCUACCAUCUCCAAAGCGAGCCAUAGGCCAUUUUCAAAAUGGUCGACACACCACUCAACCCCCACAUCACAACCCUCCCCCUAACAAAAGCCCACAUCCACACCGCCCUCACCCUCCUCACCGCCCAAUUCGCACACUCCUCCACGCCGCACGAUCUCGAACUCUUCGGCUUCCUCGCGCAACGAUACGGCGCUUCCGAGCCCGAUGCCACCAGCAGCACCGGGUCCCUAAUCGUCGUUACCGGCAAAUCAAUUGAUACAACGGACGGCGGCUGGGGAGACACGUUAGCGCAAACGGAUGUGUUUGCGGUGGGGACGAUGACUGUGAGUCCCGAUCAAUCGAGCUCGCCCCAAACGCGGUUAUGGGUCCGCAGCGACCUCGUAGCAGAGUCCAGCAUGGCGCUGUGGAAAGCCCUCGUGGGGACAUUCGCCGCCCUCGCACCCACAUUCCCUGCCUGGACGACACCCCCAUCCGACGAGACCGAACAGGGCAUUUUUAGCGUACAGGGCAUCGAAUCCCGUGCGUGGGAGUUGAUGAAACCGUACUUGAAUGUUAGGUGGGAGUCUCAUCCGUACCCGCUGUGGACGCUUAGCGGACCGUUGGGACCCGAGAAGCUGGGGGAGGAAAGUUGGAAGGAUGGGGAGGAUGGGUUUGUGUUUGAUGAGUUGACGGUGGAGGAUAUCGAUCAGGUCCUCUCCUGCUCCACAAUCGGCGUCGGGCCCCCUUACCUCACGCACCUCCUCAUCACGCCCCCCCUUUCCACCUUCACCUCCGUCAUCCGCCACACCUCGCCCACAACACCCACCCACCCCAUCUCCUGGUCCCUCACCCACGCCGGCCUCGCCGUCGCCCUCGUCGGCACCAUCGACGCGUUCAAAGGCAAGGGUCUGGCCGGCAAAUGCGUCGCGAGGGUAUGUGAGAAACACACGCAAUUUCUUGCACGGGUGAUGAGGGAGGUACGACCCGGGGAGGAGACUAUCAAGACGAUUGUGCCGUUUGCGUAUAUUGAUAAAGUGAAUGUUGGGAGUCAGAAGAUGAUGGGGAGGGUUGGGUUCAAGAGGGUCGAGGGGGUUGAAAGUGUUUGGGCGGAAGUUGGCGGGUUGUCGGGGUAGAGAGGUAGAGUGUAGAUUGAAGCGCGGGGAAACGGUCAUCGUGUAGGAUUAGAAUAGCGUGUGAGGACGUUCACAUUUGGUACGGACUUAUGUAUCAUGUAUUAUUGGGCCUUUCAAUGCUCCUUAGAUGGGUUGAGAUCGUUGCAUUCGUUUUUUCGUUGUUG